AUGGCUCCUGGCAAGGUGCAAACAAAAAGGGACCCCCGGGCCUGGGACAGUCUGUCGCCAGGCCUCUCGCCUUGGAUCCUGGAUGCCGUCUCUGCCAUGGGCUUUGCGCGGAUGACGCCCGUGCAGGCCGCCACCAUGCCGCACUUUCUCGGCAACAAGGACGUUGUCGUCGAGGCCGUCACCGGCUCCGGCAAGACCCUCGCCUUUCUGCUGCCACUCGUCCAGCGCCUCCUCCGACAAGACGAGCCCACGAAGCGACACCACGUCGGCGCCAUCAUCGUCUCGCCGACCCGCGAGCUCGCCGCCCAGAUCCACGCCGUCCUCCUCGCGCUCCUCGAGUUCCACCCGCCGUCGGCCGAGGUGCUGCCCUUUCUCGCCCAGGACGAUGAGAAGCGGCCCGCCACCGCCGCGCCCGUCGUCGUCCCGCAGCUGCUCGUCGGCGGCACCACGACCCCCGCCCAGGACCUCAGCUACUUUAUGCGCCACAGCCCCAACCUCCUCAUCGCCUCGCCCGGCCGCCUCGUCGAGCUGCUGUCGUCGCCGCACGUGCACUGCCCCCAGUCCACCUUUGAGUCGCUCGUCCUCGACGAGGCCGACCGCCUGCUCGACCUCGGCUUCAAGCAGGACCUGCAGAACAUCCUGGCUCACCUGCCCAAGCAGCGCCGCACGGGGCUCUUCAGCGCCAGCGUCAGCGAGGCGGUUAGUGAGAUUAUCCGCGUUGGUCUACGGAAUCCCGUCAAGAUUGAGGUCAAGGUCAAGAUGAAGGACGGCGGCGGCGUUGUCGAGGAUCGCAGAACACCCGCUAGCUUGCAAAUGACCUACAUGGUCCAGCCAGCCAGCCAGAAGCUGCCGGCUCUGGCACAAUUACUACAAAAGCUGCCCAUUACCCCACAAAGAAGCAUCGUCUUCCUGUCUACCUGCGCCGCCGUCGACUACUUUCAACAUACACUGCCCAAGAUUCUGCCCCACGGCAUAGCAUUAGUACCGCUGCACGGGAAGCACCCAGCCAACGUUCGCGAAAAGAACUUUAAGAAAUUCCUCAACUCUGUAUCACCCACCCUUCUUCUCACAACCGAUCUGGCCGCGCGCGGUCUCGAUAUCCCCCAAGUCGACCUCGUCGUCCAGGUCGACGCCCCCUCCGACCCGAAAGCCUUCAUUCACCGCUGCGGCCGUGCCGGCCGCGCCGGCCGCAAGGGCCUUGCCGUCUUAAUGCUGCAUCCCGGCCGCGAGGAAGACUACGUGCGCUUCCUCGACGUCCGCAAGACGCCCAUACACCCCCUCACGCGGCCCGCCGUCUCCGUCUCGGCGUCCGAUGCGCAGGCAGCCACAGAGCAGUUCCGCAGCCUGCUGCGCGAGGACCGCGCCAUCCACGACAAGGCGCAAAAGGCCUUUGUCAGCUGGGUGCGCAGCUACAACGGGCACCAGGCGACGUCCAUCUUCCGCACUGCGGACCUCGACUGGGCGGACCUCGGCGCCGCCUGGGGCCUGCUGCGGCUACCGCGCAUGCCGGAGCUCAAGAAGUGGACCGGUGAUAAGCUGCUCGGCGUGACCGUGGACUGGGACAACUUUGCGUACAAGGAGAAGACACGGGAAAAGGCGCGCCUGGAGGCGCUGGCGGAGGAGCGCAGCGGCAAGGCCGCGGACAAGGCCGACGAGGCCAAGAAGAAGCGCAAGAACAACGCGGCGUGGAGCGGCCGCGCCGAGCAGGAGGAGGUGCGCGAGGAGCGGCGCGAGAAGCGCAGGAAGAAGCGCGACGCCGAGCGCGCGGCCAACAUGACGGAGGAGGAGAAGAGCAAGGAUGCGGAGCUGCAGGACCUGCUGCGCCAAGUGCGCGAGCAGAACCGCGUCAAGAGGGAGGCGGAAACGGCCAGCAAGGCCAAGGAUAAGGAGGAUUCCUUCGAGGGCUUUGAUGAUUAG